CCAUUACUCUGCAUGCUCUGUUUAGUGUAAAAAAGGGUUCCGCAACAGCAUAAGCCCUAAUUUCUCUCAUUCCCCCUUUCUGCUUCGUCUGUGGAGGCUUAUCAUUGGUCGAUUUCGCUCCUCCUCUUCAGCCGCCUCAACAAUUUCCAAUCUUUUUUCCAGUGCAGUAAUCAGCAUUAUGGCCGAAGAACUCGUUCCGGUUAUGUGUUAUCACGGUGGACGAAUUGUAAUGCACGGUCGUACGCCGGAGUAUAACGGAGGUUCUAUGGAGGGUGUUCCUAUGAGCAAAUCAACUAUAUACUCUGAUUUGUUGAAGAAGGUGAACGAAUUAACUGCGACAGAUCCAAAACAAUUCAAGUUGAUCAUGAAGUGCAGGUUUCCUACGAGCGGAUCAGAUUAUGUAGCUUUGGAGGUAAAAGACGAAGUAACGACGAAAAUGAUGUUUGGUUUGUAUCCUCGAGUUUAUAGCUUGGAACUAUUUGUGGAGCGCUGUAGAAUUAGCGAGAGUGUUGAACUCGAAGAAAGCAUGGUAAGAGAACCAAUGGAAAUGGGAGCAGAAGGCGGUGAUUCACUUAGUUCUUCACAACAUGGGACGAAUAAGGACACUCUGACUAGCAACUCAAACCAUUUACAUGAAAAUGUUUUUCAUCCGAGUGAUAACCUUAGAAGGACCAUUCGAAACAAAGCUAGAUGCUUAACCAAGAUGGGAGGAAGAGACCCCAAUUGUACUUCAAAAGUUCCAUUCGCUGAAUCGAAUCAAAGGGAUGGAAAUCUUACAAAUGAGCCCAUUGAAGUUGAGAAUAUGGAGGUAGAUUCUAAAGGCAAUGCGCCAAAUUGGAAGAACCUUUAUGAAGAAGAUGAAGAUGAAGAUGAUGAUGAUUUGGUUAGUGAUUCGAUCAUCCGAAACACAUGUCGAGGCUUCGAGGAUGAUCCCGUAUCCAGUGAUGGUUUGCUCCACAUUGGCAAAGUGUUCGAAGAUAAGGAGGCCUUGAAGCAAUCACUACAAGAGUACUCCAUUAGAAGACAUGUCGAAUACCAAGUUCUUCGAUCCACGAAAAAAAUCUUCAAUGUUAGUUGCACCCAAAAAGGAUGUCCAUGGCAACUCAGAGCAAGACUUGCAAAGCAUCUUCAAAGAUUCAAAAUCAAGUUCUACGGAGGUGAUCAUACAUGUAGUGUCUCCACAUCAACUGGCGAUCACAAGCAAUGCGAUACGAAAUUUAUUUCAACAUGUAUAACGCCGUUGGUGAAGCGAAAAUCAAAUGUAAAUCCAGCUGAGGUAAUCGCAUGGAUGGCAAACGAGUAUAACAUAAAGAUAAGUUAUUCAAAGGCGUGGCUUGGAUUGAGUAAAGCUUUGAAGAAGAUUCAUGGCUCGUGGGAUGAUUCAUACGCCAUGCUCCCAGAGUAUUUGAAUGUCGUGCAAGAGGCGAAUCCCGGAACUUUUAUGCAACUAUUAACAAAUGAAAAAGGCGAGGUUAGGGAGUUUCACCGUCUCUUCUGGUCAUUUAACGCGUGCAUAGAAGGUUUUCGUAACUUACGACCAAUGAUUGCCGUCGACAGUGCAGAGCUACACGGUAAAUAUGCUGGAAAUUUUUUGGUGGCCACCGGUGUCGACGGAAACGACAGUCUUUUCCCUCUCGCAUUCGCCAUCACUGAGUCGGAAACCGAGUCAACAUGGACGUGGUUCUUGGGAUGUAUUCGACAAUGCCUAACUAAUAGGGUUGAUGUUACAAUCAUUUCUGAUAGAGGGAGAGGGCUGAUGGAGGCUGUAAAGGCAGUAUACCCUUCCGGUUUAGCUUCCCAUAGAUACUGCAUGAAGCAGCUCUCAUGCAGCCUCAGAAAGGAAUUCAAAGAUGAGACACUGGUGAAUCUCUUUUGGGAGGCGGCGAAGAAGACCGAAGCAUGUGAAUUUGACGAGACGAUGAAGAUAUUGGGGGAACGAAAUCCCGGUGCGAGAGCAUGGCUCGAGAAAAUCGGCGUCGAGAAGUGGUCAUUCGCACAUGACGGCGGAAAACGCUUUGGCAUCAUGACGACCAACAUCGUCGAAACAUGUGACAGUCUUCUCAAAGGAGCUCGUGGGCUUCCUAUAAGGUCACUCGUCGCAAAAACCCUGUCACGAUUAGGCAAGUUAUUUGACAAACGACGCGAAGAAGGAGGACGAAUGUUGGGCAUCAUGACAUCCAACAUUGAAUCACAGCUGAGCGAAAUUGUGAACUUGGCUGUGCAACAUAUGGUGGAGCCAUAUUCGACAUCAGUCUUCAAGGUUUAUCGAGUGAAUCAUCGACCACAUAAUGUAAACAUGGAUACGUACACAUGCACGUGCAACCGAUUCGUGAUAUCGGGCAUUCCGUGCGCCCACAUCACCGCCGUCUGUAUGAGCAUGCAAAUUUCAUAUUAUAAUCUUUGCGCGAAAUACUUCACCUCCGAUGUCUACAGGCAGACAUAUGACAUGAAGCUGCAUCCAGUGGAAGAGGAGAAUGCUAGUCGUUCGCAGGAAGGAAAGAUUGUUACGCCGCCGGCAGUGGCGAGGAAACGGGGGCGGCCACCUUCGGUGCGGAUAAACAAAGGGAUGCCGGCGGCUGUGUACAGAUGCAGCAAGUGUAAGCAGGACGGGCAUAAUUUUAGAACUUGCAAGACUGAGCAGCUCAUCCAUGGAGGUCAGAUUGAACACAGUAGUUGUUACCAAGGUGAUGAUGCUGAUGAGCAGAUUACUGAUUCAAGAGAGAAACUUUGAAAAAUGUUAUCGUGUGGCUGUUUUGAAUGUGGAAGGACGAGUUUAUGUUAGUUCUUUCUGAUUCUAAUGAAGAUUUGGAUUGUUAUGUAUUAAUCCUAAUUGCUGCAAUUAGAGUAUUUUAUUAAUAUCUUCUGAUUUUUAAUUUUUCAAAAUGACAAUAU